GGAGAGCUUACAGUGACACCUACACGCUUGCGGGAAGCCUAUUUUCGUCCCCGCCCGUUCCUCUUGCUCUUUCUAAACCCUUCCCCUUCCGCCAAUUCCGGAGCGGAACCUUUGUGAAGGUCUUCCCAGUUGAAACGUGGGACAAAUUUCGCCAACACAAUCCGUAACGGUUAACAUGGCGGCGGCCGUAAGGUACCUCGGCAGGGUCUUGACACAUAAUCAAAGGCAUAGCCUUUCUAAGAUGAUUCAUCAGACAUCUCUUUGUCCUUGUUCUGUAAACAUUCAAGUGCCUACCAGACAUUUUGCUGGUGCUGCUACAAAACCUGCAAAGAAAGCCAACAAAGGUGCCAAAGAAAAAACAUCAGAAGAAAAGAAAAAUGAGAUAGAAAAAAUAAAGUCCUAUCGAUACAUGGAAGGUGAACCUGAGGAUGAUGUCUAUUUAAAGCGCUUAUACCCAAGGCGGAUCUAUGAGGUAGAGAAAGCUGUUCACUUACUUAAGAAGUUUCAAGUUUUAGACUAUACUUAUCCAAAACAAGGAGUUUUUGUUGAUUUGACACUGGAUAUGGCACUGGGAAAAAAGAAAAGAGUGGAACCGUUUGCCAGCGUUAUUAGUUUUCCAUAUCCAUUUUCUUUAGAAGUCAAUAAAGUUGCUGUAUUAACAGGGAAUCCGUCAGAGAUUGAAAUAGCAGAGGGACAAGGAGCUGCUUUUGCAGGAGGAACUGAUCUGAUUCAGAAGAUUUUAGAUGAUGAAAUUCAUGCAGAUUUUUAUUUAGCUGUUCCAGAAAUAAUGCCUGACCUUAAUCCAUUAAAGAAGAAACUGAAAAAAAGAUUUCCAAAGCUCAGUAGAAAUUCCAUUGGCCGUGACAUUCCCAAAAUGCUUGCGUUAUUCAAAAAUGGACAUGAAAUUAAAGUAGAUGAAGAAAGGGAGAACUUUCUCAGUACCAAAAUAGCAACAUUGGAUAUGUCGUGUGACCAGAUAGCUGCUAAUCUGCAGACAGUUAUUAAUGAAGUCUGCAGGCACAGACCCCUAAAUCUGGGUCCCUUUGUGGUCCGCGCUUUCCUUCGUAGUUCAACAAGUGAAGGUUUACUAUUAAAGAUUGAUCCAUUAUUGCCUAAAGAAGAAAUUGAAAAAAGUAAAGAAGCUGCCUAAAAGUAUGAAAUUAAUUUGCGUGCAUUAAGAAGCAACAGAGAAAAUUAUAAAACUUCAUAAUUUCUA